AUGACGCCACGCUACCGGGCCCGACGCCCACAGGACAGGGAACUGCUUGCAUUUCCCAAGACACGAGAAUACAUGGACUCACUAGUGCCACCGUCAAAGGACGAGUUUGAGCAGAUAGCUCAAGCACAGGAAGAAAAAGAGGUCGAGGCACGACGUAAAGCGAAAGAGCACUGGCGGAGUCGGUCCAUAUCAAUGUCCGAGAGUCAGAAACAGGAUCAAGAAAUAGAGCGCGCCGAGGCGGCGCAGGUUAUCCAAAAGACGUUUCGGGGAUAUCGCGCCAGGCGGGAACUAGACGGCUACAGUCUGAACGCCAGUACCAGAUGGGUGACGGCUGUUCGAGAAGCGCAGUUCCGGCAAAGCACCAAACCACGGGCUUCUUUGGAGGAUGAAGCUGCCCUCGGGAGCAAUGCGCUCCUGGGGCUAGACGACCCCGUCGACUAUCGACCAGUGAGUGCACGUCAAAAGUGGAAGAAGGCGAGCCUCGUGGCUCGUCGCGCGGGACAUGACGAUUCGGACUCGGAGUCUUCCUCGAGCUCGGCUAUGGACGGCAUGUCGGCGGAUGAGAAGGCUGCGGCAAGGAAACGAAUGGAGGCGUCCCGGGCUGAGCGACGUCAAGCCGCCCGCAUGAUGGGCCUGCAGUACUUUCUGGAAAUGGUGGACUCCAAGCACCGGUACGGGAGCAACCUGCGCAUGUACCACGAGGAAUGGAAGAAAUCAAGCACCACGCAAAACUACUUUUACUGGCUGGACUUUGGCGAAGGCAAGGACAUCGAGUUGGACACUUGCCCCAGGGAUAGGCUGGAAAGAGAACAAGUACGGUACUUGUCGAGGGAGGAGCGGCAACACUACUUGGUGCGGGUAGACGAAGAAGGAAGGCUAUGCUGGGUCAAGAACGGCGCCCGGGUCGACACCACGGAGGAGUACAAGGACAGCAUGCACGGCAUCGUCCCCCUUGACGACCCGACGCCGUCCUUCCGGGCUGUUAACUCAUCCCUCCUCCACCCCGUCGACGACGAAAGGGCCUCGUCCGACUCGGACUCAUCCGCCGAGUCGAAACGCGAGGCCGACCGCGCAGCCAAGUACGCUGACCCCAGUUUCGACGAAUCAAAAGGCGUCAAGAAGGUCACUCACAUCUCCGCCUCCACCAUCUUCAACCAGCUCCUCCGCAAAUCAGUCAAGAAAAACACGUGGAUCUUUGUUGCAGACACCUCGUUCCGACUAUACGUCGGCAUCAAAGACUCGGGCGCCUUCCAGCACUCUUCGUUCCUGCAGGGGGGCCGCAUCUCCGCCGCCGGCCUCAUCAAGAUCAAAAACGGGCGACUAAGCUCCCUCUCCCCGCUCAGCGGACACUACCGACCCCCGGCCAGCAACUUCCGAGCCUUUGUGAAGAAUCUCAGGGAAGAGGGUGUGGACAUGUCCCACGUGAGCAUAUCGAAAAGCUACACCAUCCUGGUAGGACUGGAGUCCUACCUCCGCACGAGGAAGAAGGGUAAAGAGCUGAUCAGCAAGCUGGUCAAGGGGAAGGAUAAGAUUCUUGCGCCGGAGGAGGUGAGGAGGAAGGAGGAGGCGGAGAUUGACAAGAGCAAGAGUGCGGCAUUGGAGAGGGAGUUUCUGGCGAAGGAGAGGGAGGAGGAGGAGCAAAGAAAGGCCGAGCUGGGGAAUAGGGAGAGAGUGAUGGAGAAGAUGAAAAGUCUGCCCAUUCGAAGGGAUUAA